ACAAGUCGGGGGUAAUGACAUUCUGUUGACGUUUGUCAAUAAACAAACCCGACAUGCCGAUAGGGAAUCAGAUUUGCCGCGUCGGAGCUUAGAUAAGAACGUGCGUGUCUUCCUCGGAGUUUUUAUUUUUACGUGUCGCGAUGGUGUUCAAGCAUUUCCUAACGAAAGUGCAGAAUGUGUACAAAUACGUUUUGAACAACCACCCGUACGCGACGCAGGGGGUCCAGGCCGGCAUGAUAAUGGGCGCCGGGGACGUAAUGGCUCAAGUCGCAAUCGAAAAACGAUCCCUGGACAACAUAAACAUCCUACGAACUGGUCAAUUCACAAUGCUGGGCACAUUUCUGAUUGGACCGACGCUGCGGCUCGUGUAUGGCAUUUUAGACCGGAAGAUCAAGACGCAACACCCGCUGAAACGGGCCCUUCAGAAGGUCGCCUGCGAUCAACUCCUUUUUGCACCCAUCUUCAAUCUAAUCGUCACAUCAGCUAUAAGCAUCAUUCAAGGAUACCGCGGACAGGCGAUCAUCGAGCGAGUGCGGGAGAAUUACGUGGACAUUAUGAUGACCAACUACUGCCUGUGGCCUGCCGCCCAGAUCAUCAACUUCUCCUUUGUGCCGCUCAAUUACCAGGUCCUGUACGCGCAGACAGUGGCCCUGGGCUGGAACACCUACUUCUCGUGGAAGAUGUCCAAGCAUGAGGUCGUCAUUCCAGUCAGCAAAGCAAUGUGACAAUGGAUCCGGUUCAGAUUCAUGUUGCUGUCGGCGAGGACGCUGUAUGUUGUGUGCCACCAGAGAAAAAGUAUUGAAAUAUAACUAUUUUUAGAUCUA